CCAGGCUUCGUCGCUUCCUGACUCUUUCUUCUCUUCUCCAUCCAUCCUCCUCCGUUUGCCAUCCCAGCCAUGCUGUCCCUCGGCUGGCUGUUUCUCCUCGUAUAUUCCGGGCUGGCCUUGGCGGGCCGGCCUCGAACCGACGAAGGCUGUGUGACGGCGGUGUACACCGCCCUGGGGUAUCUCUCGUUUGCGGGUGAGCCCGCGGACGGCUUCUGGGAGACGCGCUGCCAAAACCCGCUCAAGGUCAUCUCCAUCUAUGCCUCUUCCGAUGUCUACUGUACUCCCGAUGAACAAGCCGCUGGGGUUGGCCAGCUGGAAGGCUUCUGUCGUGAAUUCGGCAACGUGGACUUGAUUCCGCGCGCACAGCUAGCGGGGAAUCUCACUCACGAUGCUCUCAGUCGCAUGCCCGUUGUUGACUAUCUGGAAAUUUCCAAGUCUCAACGCCUCCCAACACCGGUCCUUAUCUCUCCGACCUAUUACCGACGGACUUUCCAAACUAUCGAUACUUGGCAAUUCGAGGUGUGGUCACACAAUGCAUUCGGCCUAGUAGGAUACGCCUUCUGGGGCUUUAUUUUACUGGUUGGCAUCACCCAUCGCCUGGUGCGACACCUCCUCCACUCGCUGGACGUUCGGGCGGGACAAUGGUCGCGAUCGCAAAUAAGGUGGCUAUGGGUGCCGUUGGAUGGGGUUUAUCACUGGGUGCAGACUCAUCUUGUCGUAUCGUCACCUUUAUCUGCGCCACGGCGGCAACUCCUGUGGUGGACAUUCCCUACGCGCAUCGAAGCCGUCACCAUUCUCUUGUUCUGGGUGAUGAGCGCCGUCUUUUGCACUCUGGGAUACCGUGUCGUGGAAGGAAAUAUCUAUUGGCCUACGAUCUCGUCCCAGCUCCUGCGUUAUGCCGCUGAUCGGACCGGUGUUCUGUGCUUUGCCAAUAUUCCCUUGAUAUGGCUUUUCGCCGGGCGCAACAACAUCUUCAUAUGGGCAACGGGGUGGAGCUUUGCGACAUUCAACUUGUUUCACCGUCACAUCGCCUGGAUUGCUACGUUCCAAGCCGUCUUUCACACGCUUCUCUACCUGGUAAUCAUGACUCAAAAAGGCAACGUAGCGAAGAAGUUACGAAAGCCAUAUCUGAUCUGGGGAACCGCGGCGACCGUGUUAAUGGUCUUGACCUUACCCUUUGCGGUGCAGUGGUUUCGCCAUCGGCUCUACGAGACCUUUCUUCUCAUCCACAUCCUCUUCUCCCUGGGUCUCCUGGUCGGUUGCUUCUAUCAUACGGUCAUCUUUGAGGGUCACAAGUACUGGAACUAUCUCUGGCCCGCAGUGAUAAUCUGGAUCGUGGACAGAUUCCUCCGUUUAGUCCGCCUAGUCUAUUGCAACAUCCAUGUGCGACUCAACGCAGGCUACCAGAUCCAACGUACCAACAGCUCCGCGACAUACGACCCGGCUGCCGACGUGAUCCGCCUUGAACUCACUCCUGGGUCCUCAAUGAUCCGCCCAACCCCAGGGGACUUUUACUACCUCUACCAACCCUUCCGACUGACAGGCUGGGAAAGCCAUCCAUUCACCCUGGGCUACUGGUCCUACGAGACCCGUUACCAGACCUCGUCGCAACCUCGGUCAUCCAAAGACCAUUCCGUCGACGUCUCUCAAGUUCCCCUUCUGUCCGACUCAUCCAACACAUCAGACGAAAUGCAAUUAAAGCAAUCCGAUCAACAAGGUCUAAGAUUUGUUUUUUGGAUCCGACCUUACGACGGCUGGACCCGUUCUCUCCGCCAACAAUGCACCCAAUCCCCAGAUCUAACUAUCAACACCACAAUCCUCCUCGAAGGACCAUACGGAAACCCCUUCCCCCUCUGGAGCUACGAAUCCGUCCUCCUAAUUGCCGGCGGCACCGGAAUUGCCGCCGUAGUCCCAUAUAUACAAGGCCAUCUUCUCCGCUCGUCCACAGACUCGGACCAACCCACCACCACGAUGCAAACCCGCGAAAUGCACCUCAUCUGGACGACCCGCCAAUCCUCCUUCAUCCAUCAAGUCGCAUCCCGAGAACUAGCCCCCGCUCUGACCCGAGAUGACUUCCGCGCGUCAUUCUACACAACCGGGUCAAAAUUCAGCCCGGCAGAGUCCACAGGAAACCACUCCGCUGGUGGUAUCGAAAACAAAGUCGAAACAUUGGAAGGCCGACCAGAUCUCGAAUCACUGAUAUUAGACCACGCCGAGGAGGCCCAACUGAGUGAAUCCCCCGCUGCUGUUCUGGUCUGCGGACCUGCGGCACUGGCGGAUGAAGCCCGCGCGGCUGUGCAUUUGGCGAUGAGAAGAGGGUAUCGCCGCAUUCGGUAUGUGGAGGAGUCAUUUACUUGGUGAUGAGGUAUGAUUUAUUCUUGUUUACUUAUGAAAUCCGGAUAUGUGGAGAUGUAGAUAUGUUGUUGGAGGUCUUAUCCUUGGAAUCGACUGUGCAUAACUUGCUUUGACACAAUUCUUUUUGUUGAUAGCCCAUGUCACAGUGUUUAUAUUGGUCUACCUAUUAUUUCAUGUUG